UAUAGAGUGAAGGGGUAGGUAGGAUAUGAGCAUGGCGUCUUGUAGGGUGACGAAGGUGCGGGAGGAGCUCCUAGUACCAUUCGAGCCCACGCCGUGCGCCACGCUCCCUCUGUCUUCCAUCGACCACUCCCUGGGGUUGGACUUUAUGGUAGAGAUGAUCUCCGUGCAUCCAUACAAUAACCGUGAGCACCGUCUUCAUGGGGUAGGUAGGAUAUGAGCAUGGCGUCUUGUAGGGUGACGAAGGUGCGGGAGGAGCUCCUAGUACCAUUCGAGCCCACGCCGUGCGCCACGCUCCCUCUGUCUUCCAUCGACCACUCCCUGGGGUUGGACUUUAUGGUAGAGAUGAUCUCCGUGUAUCCAUACAAUAACCGCGAGCCCCGUCGUGGUGGCGUGAUAUUACCGGCGGCGAAGGUCAUCCGGGAAGCCUUGGCCAAGGCUCUUGUCCCGUACUACCCCGUAGCAGGCCGCCUUGUCUCCUAUGGCGACCGCAUGGAGGUGGUCUGCAAUGGCGAGGGCGUAUGGUUUGUGGAGGCGGCGGUGACAGAUCGCAGCCUGAAUGACUGGGAGGCGAUCCCCCGUAGCGUGGUGAAAGAGGAGCUGCUUCCGAGUUGUCCCGCUCAUCUGAAUCAACAAGAAAUGAUACUGAUGAUGCAGGUGAACCAUUUUCAAUGUGCUGGAUUUGUUGUUGGACUCAAAUUCAAUCACUUGGUGUUUGAUGGCAUCGGCGUUGGACAAUUCUUAAAAGCCAUCGGCGAGAUUGCUUGUGGUCAAACUCAUCCCUCGGGUAUCAAUCAAAUCUGGUAUAGAGAGACGAUUCCCGCCUCUCCAUUAAUGCACUCAAAGUCAUCACUUUCACUUCUCCCAGCCAAGUUUGACAUUGUGAAUUCCAUGUAUGAUUUCUCGAUUCAAACCAUCGAAAGAUUGAAGGAAAAAAUCUCAAAAGAGACAUCCAAUCAAUUCACCACCUUUGAGGUCGUCGCUGCAAUUAUAUGGAAAUGUCGAACACGGGCAAUCAGUGCCAUUGGAGAUGUGUGCCUCAUCGUUCCUGCUAAUAUUCGUCAUUUAUUGUUCCAACUGCCAAAGGCCGGCUAUUAUGGAAAUUGUUUCUAUCCCUUAACUAUCACAGCGACAGAUGAGCAAAUCAUGAAGACAUCACUUGCAGAAUUAGUCGGGCUCAUUAAAGAUGCUAAAGAAAGUUUACCAACAAAGUUUAAGGAAUGGGCUUCAGGCAACUUCAAGGAAGAUCCAUAUCAGAUUUCAAUUAGCUACAAUAUUUUGGUUUUGUCAGAUUGGAGAUGGAUAGAGUUUUAUGAAACAGACUAUGGAUGGGGAAUGCCCAACUCUAUUUCCCCUAAAACGCAUGACUGUUCCUUCCCUUGUGGCGUCAUUCUAAAGCAGCCUUUGCCUAAGGACGGUGUGCGUUUGGAAGGACAAGUGGUCAUGAAGGAGCAUGAGCAAAGGUUUAUUGAUGAAAUCAACAAAUGUAUAAAUGAGUAGGUAAUGCAAUAUUGGAAUUUAUCUCAUAAUGGACAAAUUGAUUUUCCACUCGAGUAGUGGAUCAUCCUACCAAAUAUUGUUGCAACUAGUUUUACUUUCAAUCUGUAAUAAAGUAUCAUGUAUACAUAUUUGCAAUCUAUGAAGUUACAUUGAGAAUAUUGUCAAAAUAA